UAGACUAUUCUAUUCAGUGGCUUUUUUGUUAUGAGCAGUGAGUAAUUCUGAGAUAAAUUCAUAAUAUUCUGUGCCUUGAGCAAAGUUCUGGAAAUUACAUUUUAAAAAGAAACAUGUGGCACAGAGAAGACUGCUGCUGUCUCAGGGAGAGACAGGUGAGAUUCAGGUUGCCAUUCUAAGAGAGGGGAAUAUGAAGGAGGGGCAGUAUCCACAAAAGCCUUACCCAACAGGAAACAGAAAUGGCAAAAUGAACCCUCUCUACAGUGCUUGGGAGGUAUCUGAUGAAGUUGAUGAUCUUUGUGAUGAGAACGAAUUUUACCAAGAGGGUACCUUUGUAUCUAAACAGAAAUGCGAAAGUCUGGAUGAAAGGAAUAUUGUGGUAUCAUGUCAUUUGCUGGCCCAAACGGCAUCUGUCGUUGAAGAGCUGGGCCAAGUUGCUGAGGAACAUAAAGGUGGGGAUUUGCCUGAGAAGAUUCUCCUUCCGAUCAGGUCAUCUAACAAGGCUUUAAAAGAACACAAGAACAAGCAGCUUGAUAUAUCCAGCACUCAAAAUUUUCUCAAGCCAGAUCUGUCCGCUUGUAAACAAUGCUCUGGCCCAAAUAUCCACCCGACGUCUCAUGCUAAUUCAAGAGUGAAAAGCCUGAUACCACUGGCCCAGAGAGUCUUCUCUGCUGCAUGUGCCGAGCCAAGAAAGGAAAUGGCCUUUGGGAAAAAUCAGGAAAUCUCAAAACAGGCACACCACCUGGUCUCAGCUGGCAGCAUGCUUUGGCCACACAAAACACCAGGUCUCAAGACCAGGGCAUGUGGCAAGUUGCUGGACCUGUGCCCCAAGAGUGCUGCCACCAGGGGGAAGCAGAGGGCGAGGUCGCACAGUGGCUAUGUGUCUGUUGAUGAAGCUGGACCGGUCAGUCUCAGGUCGGCAAGCCUGGUUCUGGGUCGUGAAGGAGUGCAGGCACGGAAUAUUUGUGCGAGCUGGCAGAAGGAAUUCGAGACGACCUAUCACCGGUUCCGAGACUGUGGUUCGGGAUCGGGGGGGUACAGCUUGAGGCUGUGCCACGCUGAUUACAGACAGCCCAUCUACAGUGGGGUCACCCAAGGCCGCAUUCUACCCAGCACACACCUCUAUCUCUGGGAAACGGUCAGCAGAGGUUCCAGCCAGCAGGCUCGUUCUCAGUUCAGACCGUUCAUGUGGAAGAGUGAAGGAGAUGAAAGAGGAGCGACAGGACCUUCAGGACACCCUGCUGACAGUCAGCCAGACAGCCAGGCAGCUCGGCCCAAGGACAUAAGGUGGCAAUCAAUGCGACAGCAGAAUCCUGAGCCCCCACAGACUGAGCAAUGGCAGGAUCAGGACUUCACGCUGAAACAUAUUCUGCAGGUCCUACAAUGCAGAUGAACCCAUUCCAAUGCUCUCAGCUUCCACAUUUUGUGUCCGAAACGAUUAUUGCCCAAUAGUGGUC